AUGGGCCAACUGCCUGCUGUAAGAAGAUCACCUGCACGAGCUUUUCUCCACAUGGGAGGGGACUAUGCCGGUCCCUUCCCCAUUCUCAAAUGGCGACCCACAAAUGCCCAACCAUCUAUUGUUCAUAUCACAGUAUUUGUGUGUUUCAGUACAUCAGCAGUCCAUUUAGAGCUCGUUUCCAGGCAAACAACAGAGGCUUUCAUCGGAGCUUAUAAGAGAUUCACCGAAAGGAGAGGUAUCCCCGAGGUUAUGUACAGCAACAACGCCACUACGUUCGUUGGAGCCUCAGGAGUACUCAACAAGCUGUACAAUCAAGAGUCCAGAGAGAAUCAACAGAUCCAAGCUGCCCUCGCCACAAAUGGGACUCAAUGGAACUUCUCACCACCGAGAGCACCCCAUUUCGGAGGAAAGUGGGAAGCAGCUGUUAAAUCUACUAAGUAUCACCUCAAAGGAGUACUUGGGCCGUCGACAUUCACCUACGAGGAACUCAACAGUAUCCUGACCCAGAUAGAGGCCUGCUUAAACUCCAAGUCAAUCACGCCAACGCACAGCAAUUAUGGAAUACCAUCAGUACAUCAGCAAUCAGCCCUAAAUUAUCACCAGUACACGAACAAUCAGGAGAAGAAAUCUAUCGAACAAUCAGGAGAAGAAAACUAUCGAGAAGACGAUCCAGAGCCAAUCAACGAGUAA